GCCAUCCGGCGAUCUUUGAAGGGAGAGAAAGAGCCCAAACAUCAUCCGCACCACAUCUCCAUCACCCCCAAGUCCGCCCUGGCCAUUUUGCCUCCCAAGAAGGUGCGUACCUUGCCUCCCCUCGAAACCUUGGACCCUCUUUGGCAUCUGAUCCCCCCCCCCUCCCCCCCCCGUCUCUCCUGGUGCCUGGGUCUCUUGCGGUCCCUGUCUUGCCCUGCCCCUCCUUUAUCCCUUCUUCCUUUUAUCCCCCCGGACCUGCACCCUCAAGAGCAACCCAAACCAACCUGUACUUCCCCCCUCCCGACAUUGUUGCUCCCGCGGCCGCUUGGCCACGCCGUGCCCGAUUUUCUUCCUCGUUCUUCCUCUCCAUUCCACGCGCCCCGACACCUCGGUCCACCGCGGGUCCCUACCAUUGAUUCCCCGUUUCAUCCCACUAUCGCGACCCGCCUUCAAACCUACCAACAGCCUCCUGCCCACCCCCCUCCUCUCUCAUCUUCCUCUCCCCAUUUCCCCCCGUCCCUUGUCAUCGUGAUCAAAGCGCUCUACGACUACCAACCAGAACCCGGCCCCAGCCAGGAAUUGGCCUUCAACAAGGGGGACUUCUUUCACGUUAUCAGCAGGGAGGACGACUCGGAUUGGUACGAGGCCUGUAAUCCGCUCAUCCCCAGUGCCCGAGGGCUUGUCCCUGUUUCCUUCUUCGAGGUCAUCGGCAAAACCGAAAGGGAUAGUGGGGAGUCCGUUGAUCUGCAUAAAAAGGACCACUAUCACCACAGUUACCACGACUCUGGUUUCUCCGAUCGUACUCCCACCACCGAUACUUCCUUCAUAUCCGCUCCUAUCCCCACACCCAGCACCAAGAACAGCGCCUUCAGAAUGUCCGCCAUGGGCAAGGGCCAAGGCGCCAUGGUCUACGGCAUCGUCCAGUAUGACUUCCAAGCCGAGCGACCCGAUGAGUUGGAUGCCAAAGCCGGCGAAGCCAUCAUCGUCAUCGCCCAGUCCAACCCAGAGUGGUUUGUCGCAAAACCCAUCGGCCGCCUCGGCGGUCCCGGUUUGAUCCCCGUCUCCUUCAUCGAGCUGCGCGACAUGCAAAGCGGCCAGGCCGUCACCGAUCCCUUGGAGGCGGUGCGCCGCGCCGGGGUCCCCAAGGUCGAGGAAUGGAAGAAAAUGACCGCCGAAUAUAAAAAUAGCAGUAUCACCCUGGGGAAGAUCGAGCCCGCCGGUGGUGGCAUGGGAGGAGUGACUUCGGGCAUGGAUAAAAUGUCCAUGAGCGGCUCCCACCAGAGUAUCAUGAGCCAGAAUGGCAACAACGCCUAUGGGUACCACCAACGCAACGCUAGCAAAGGCACCCUAGCAUCCCAAGCGCCCAUGGCGCAACCCGCACAACAGCCGUACACGCCGCCACUCCUUGCGCCGGUCGCCGCUUCGAUUCCCCGCUACUGUUUCGAUAACGAUAAAUAUUGGUAUAUCAUUGAGGCAAAGAUGGAAGAUGGCCGAUGCUGGGAACUGUCGCGCUACUAUCACGACUUCUACGAUUUCCAGAUUGCGCUCCUAGCCCAGUUUGAAGACGAGGCAGGCCACCGGGGUCGCCCGCGCACCCUUCCCUUCAUGCCGGGCCCGGUGACCCACGUCACCGAUGCCAUUUCGAAUGGUCGCCGUCAAAAUCUUGACGAGUAUAUCAAGAAGCUCCUAUCCAUGCCCCCUUACAUCGCCCGCUGUCAACUUGUGCGCCAGCUGUUUGCGCCACGCCAAGGUGACUUUGAAAUCGAUCCGAAUGCCUUUGGCGAAGAAGCGCGGUACUCCGGCGAGUCCCACCACUCUUCGUCUGGUAUGGACCCGUCUCGCAGUGUGUCACAACAGUCUUCACAAGUUCCAUUGAACGCGCCUUCGGAGCGCGCGUCUCAGCAACAACCUAGCUCCCUCACCCAGGUUUCUAGCGCGUCGAACUCGAGCGCGAUGAAGGUCAAGGUGUUUUUCCAGGAUGACCUCAUCGCUAUCCGAAUUCCGAAUGGGGUCAGCAUGCAGCAUCUCAAGGAUAAGCUCUCAGAUCGCCUCAAGAUCCAGGAGGAUAUUAUCGUCCAGUACCGUGACGAGGCAACUGGGACCUAUGUCGAUCUGAUUUCAGAUAAUGAUCUGGAAAAUGCCAUGCAGCGCAAUGUCAAACUAACUCUGUUUGUCAGCAUUGCAUGA